AGGGACGACGAUGAUGAUGAUGAUCUGGGUCGUCACUCGCCAGAUCUUUAGGGCAAGAACUUACAGCCCCUCCCAUAGGCACACCGCGUCCCUGGCGACGCGGGCCAAGACCGAGACAGUGUCGACCUUGCCGGGACUGCCGACCCGGGAUGGCCCAACUCGGCAGCCGGCGGCGUCGGUAAGGACACUGAGACGAGUGCACGCCGACCGAGCCACACCUAUAUAAAACGGCCCACGGGACAGGUGGGGGUACAGUCCACCGCCGACUACCACAAGAACAACAGACAUGAAGCUGCUCGUGUUCGCCGCCGUGCUGGCCGCCGUGGCCGCCGCCGCCCCGUCGGAGCUCCCCUACGAGAGGGACAUUGUCGAGAUCCUCCGACAGAACAUCGACCACAACGACGACCAGUCCUACCAGCACUCUUUCGAGAGCGAGAACGGUAUCUCUGUGUCGGAGUCUGGCGAGCCGGAGGAUGACGACAGCUACAGCGUGUCGGGCCAGUUCAGCUACACUGCCCCCGACGGCGUCACCUACACGGUGGUGUACUCGGCCGGCGAGCAGGGCUUCCAGGCGCAGGGCGACCACCUGCCCACACCGGUGCCCACCGAGUACCCCACCCCGGAGGUGUCUGAGGAAGAGGAUGAGGAGGAUGAGGAAGAGGAGGAGGAGGAGGAGGAGGUCCGUGGUGAGCCUCAGUACGAGCGUGUCAUCGUCGGCUACCGGCCCCGCUACCAGUAGGUCACUGGACUGAGCAGGUGUGCCUGCCGAGUGACCGCCCGAGUUCAUUUGUCCAUUAUCGCCUCCUUAUUUAUUCACUUUGUUUGUGUUAUGUCCACUAAGUGUUGCAUAUUGCGGCAAUAUAUGUUUUCAACGUCAA